AUGUCUAAAUCAGUAGAACAGCCAUCUCUAGCCAAAGUUUUGUCAAUGGAAGCCGCAUGUGCUAUUCUCUCUGCUGGCCUAGUCGCUCCUUUAAUUUCCAUUGUUGAUAAGUCUAUUUUUGCCAAUGCGUCGGGUGCUCAGCCAUUGGCUCAAGGCAUAGCUGCAGGGUUAACCUCCUUGGUCCGCUCUCCAUUGCAUUUUCUACGCCAACCUUCGUUUCUGCUGAUCUGGGGUGUUUAUUCUGGAACUUAUAUUGCUGCCAACUCUAUUCAAGCCAUCUGCGAUCGCCUGUUUGUUCCAUGGCAAAUUCCAAAGUUUAUUGGAUCGUCCGUGGCAAAUGUUGGAUUAUCUGUGCUCAAAGACUUGUACUUUACUCGUGCAUUCGGCACUGGUCCUGCGCGACCAGUUCCCAUGGGAUCGUAUUCCCUUUAUACUCUUAGAGACACCAUGACCAUAUUUGCAUCAUUCAACCUUCCAUCUAUCAUGUCUACCAAACUCAAACAGCAUACCAAGUUAUCUAAUGGAACUGCAGAUACAAUUUCUCAGUUGGUUACACCAUGUGCAAUUCAAAUCGCAUCGACUCCAUUGCAUCUGUAUGGUAUGGAUCUAUACAACAGACCCCAAGCAACGGCCGUCGAAAGAAGGGUGUUUAUUCGCAAAGAAUAUGUGAUUACGACUGCCGCAAGAAUGGCGAGAAUCUUUCCUGCUUUUGGUAUUGGCGGAGUGGCAAACAAAUACCUGAGAAGCAAAGGCAAGACCUGGCUAGAAGCAGGGCAAGGCCAUUAA